AUAAACGCCUAACACGGGUAAAACACAUAAUCAUUCUGUGUAAUGAUGGCUUUAGGUUUUGACAUCUACAAAUGACGAAGAAGAGUACGCUGUGUUUGAUGAAAGGCGCAGGACGGUGACAGUGGGGGACAACAAAAUUAUUUUAGACCCUGUAAAUGCUGUGACCGAUUGGAGUAAGGAUUUGGCCAGUAUACCAGACUUUGAAUCGUGUGAUGUGCUGGUAUACUUUAUGAGAUGGUGCGGGUGGACUCACGAACGACUAAGACUUUAUAAGCAGGAUAAUGGUUAUCGCUUACACAUGGCUUGCCAUAUCGACGAUGUCAAAGCUGCCUAUCAUGUCCACCAGGAAUAUAUUUACUUGACGGCAACUUGCAUGCCUGAGACCAGACAAAAUGCCCAGCCUUAUGAUGUCUGGAUAUUGGCAAACAAGACAACUGGUGAAAUUUUGUCAGGUGGAUGCACUUGUGUGGCGGACAAUGGAACUUGCAAGCACUGUGUUGCUUUUCUAUUUUCCCUAUCAAGUUUUUGUGAGCGACACAGAGACCGAGGAACAGAAGUAGGCACCGACAUGCAGUGUAUCUGGGAUAAACCUAGAAAGAAAUCCAAUCCCCAGAAGAUCUCGGAUAUAGAUAUGAGGGUGGACCAGACGCAUCCCCAACCAACAUCCGCAACUACUGAAUCUUUUCAACCCAGCCGUUCCCAUUCAAGGUCCAGUGGCCGACCACGAGAGGGACUUCUAUGA